AUGGCUGCAACAAGGCCUGUUCGGCCGAAACCCCUGGACUGGGCAGGUCCCUCGCAUUUGGAUGUAUUUGUUCGCAAUCUAAAACUGUUGCAUCUGGAUCAACGCGAGGAUUGGCCCGGUUUGCGAACUUUGCUGAUAUUCCAUGCAGAAACUCCGGCCCUUCUUCCCCCGUUAGAGCCUUUACAGUCUGUCAACCUCCGCGCGGCCUUGUUUCGGUGUCUGGGUGAAUUGAAGAAGAAUGGCGAUCUGGGAAGGGAAAUUGUGCUCCGCAAAACUAUGCUGGAUGAUUGUAAGGGUGAUAAAUUCGAGGAGAUGCUCGCUGGCUUCUCCACCGCCGUUCUCCGUAAAGUUGUGGCGGUGUCCGCGGACGAGAUGCUUCGGAAUCCUGCCAUGAAACUUUCUACUGCGACGGCCAUGACCCCAACCGACUAUCAGAAUCUCCUGCCGCUCAUUCUUGCCCAACAAGUAUCUCUCGGUUCUGCGGGAGAACGCCAUGCCCGAGUUAGAGAGGCGUAUGAUCGGUUCUCACAACUUCUAGAUGAUAAAAAGGUUGAAUUGACCGAACGCGCGAAUCAAGGAUCAGGUAGUCACGUGUAUGAUAUGCGGAGCGACCCUGAGAGCUUGGUGCGUGAGUUACAAACAAAUUGGCUAGGCAGCGAGGAAUGGGCCAAUGCACUGCUCGAAGGCGGAUCACAAAGCAGCACUGAUUCUUUUCUUGAACUCCCUUUCUCAACGGCAUGGAUGCGGGCAAAGGACUCGAAUGUGGACGGUUUCAGCAGUGGGUUGAAGCAGGACCUGAUCUUUGAUUUGGAGGCUCGUGUUCUCCUCCAACGAAGUCGACUACGCAGGUGGCAUGAAUACAACAAGUCCCUGUCAAAGGACAAAAGAACCGACGAAAUGGGCACAUCCUCGCCUAAAGAACCACGCGUGUUAUUCCUGGAUCACCAGUCUCUCACAGUUGCUAGUAUAUCCAAAGCGGUUCGCCAGCCCGGGGAUUGUGGGCGGACUUUGAAAGGGCCAGAGAAAUAUCUCCUGUCAUCUGUAAAUGAGGCCCUAUCCCGUAUCAACGGCAAAUCCCGCACCAAGCCAUCUGCAGUUUUGACACCGGAGGUCAAAACGAGCAGCAAAUUACAGUUCAGAAGCUCAUUGGAUAUUGCCAACUCGCCAUCAACAGUGGCAGAAGACCACAAUGCCCCAGGUCAUCCACCAGACUUGGAACCUCCAGAGCUCCGUCCAGAGCCCAGCUCCAAGCCCAAGCCACAUCCAGAACCAGAGCAUAUUCAACCCUCGCAACCAACUGUCCGGCUCUCCCCAGACUGCCCCUCACCAGACGAGGAAUUAGCCCCAGAACCCAUCAAGCGCACUCACACCUUAGCCGAGCGCACACGAAGGUCAUUGUCACUCCUCCCACCCGUGGCGCAUGAAGAAACACGGCCCCGCCGCAGAUCCCGCCCGUCCUUCCCAGUCAACCAGUUUGUGACGCCGCGGAAAACCUCCGCGCACUCAGCUCGUUCAAGGGAUGAAGUCUCACGUGCUUCGACCCCACACGAUCAGCUCUUUGAGGAAGAUGCUGAGUACGCAAGUGUCUUUAAGUCGCGACCGCGUGUGGCGCUUAGUCCUAUUUCGUCGCCGGCUGUGCAUGUCAGCCCUUCCUUUGAAGAUGAGAGUUUUGAAUUGGAUCAUGAGGAUGGGGAUGAGAGUGAAGGUUGUGAGUGGGGGGAUGUUGAUUCGCCUUCGGCUGCUCCGCGAUUGAGGAGCUAG